AUGUCCCGUCUGAAUGGCCGUAUCACCGGAAAUCCAGCGGAUCUGGCUGACUUCGAACCUUCCUGUCUCGUUCGCACGCCUUCCGGAAAUUUCUACGUGCCUUCGGGAGAUAUUCAAAAGAAUCCGUCUAUGGACUACAAAUCGAACUCAUCGUGCAGUAGUCCAGGCAAACAAGAGAAGAGUACAUUAGAAAGAAUGGACAGGAGUGAUCGACAUCCCGCGUUCGGGGCUCCUGUGCCGGUGCUUCCAGUGAGGAAUAACUUAAGAGCCUCACACUUCACACCUGCCGCAUCCCGAUUUCAUUUCAGGAAAGGCCUCUCAUCUAGAUGCACAUGGAAAUGCACCGCUAUAGUAUUUAUUGUGCUGUUCGUUUUACUUUUAGCCAUUGCCUCUUAUAUGUCAGCUUCCUAUUUCGUCAACUGGUCUUACCAGAACUCCAAAGCAUGUACAGUUCUAGUUGGUGAGUCAACAGAAAUAUUUCCAGCAUCGAAAGCAACGACUCUGGAAUCGAAUAAUAAAUCCCUGGUUAGACCGCACCAAAGCUCAACAUCCACUAGCUCAGGUAAACAGGAUCUUCACAUGCGCCCGCGUAGAAGUAUAGAUGGGCAUGCUUCUUCUUUAUCUUCUGUUUCUUCCACGAAUUCUUCCACUUCUGUAGAUUUGCAUGAGCUAAUCACUACGCCUUCUUUAAACACUGUUAGCUUAGAGCAUGGUGUGUCGUCGGUUCUAAACAAUGUAACUGACAUUUCAAAUGAAGACCAUACGGAGGGGGGUGAAGCUUUGGUAGCCAAAAGUGUUGGUUUGUCUCUUAACAACGGUGACCUAACAAUUAAUAACACCACGCUUAAUAUUCCACAUAAUAAUGAACCCACAGCAAAAACAACAUCUAAAUUUGAAGAAACAAGAAGCAGAAAUAAUAAAACCAAAACCAUACUAAACAAAAAUUAUCGGACUCCUAUCGAACAAUCACCAGAAAUUAAAAAUGCUGAAAAAACUAAACCUGACAUUGCGUAUGAUCCUGAAUUAAUGCAAAGUGAUUCCUUUCCAUCUAUAUAUUCAUAUGGUGUUCAAAAGCUUCAGUAUUUAAAACUACUAACAAGAUUGAACGAAGUAAAUGAAGAAUUACAUAUAUUUUCAAAUGACACUGUCGAAAUGAAUGAUAAACCCGAAAAGUUCCAUUACGACAGUGAUCGCAAACCUUCUUCAAACAUUCUUACUACCAUUGCUCCCAAAAUAAUAACACCAGAACAAACAAUAAGUACAAAUAUACCCCUAACCAUGAAACCUUUACUUGAUGAGACUGAUGCCCCUUUGACAACAAACGUAUUCACUGCACAUACUGAGCAUGUUGUGUCAUCACCAAAUGUUGCUGUUACUAAUAAUGUUUUAAAUGCAACUACAACCACUGAACCCACAAGCGUACCUAAUGAACCUUCCACUUCUAAUAUCGUUGUAAAUUCAAAGACUCCAGAUGUAAUGUCUAAUAAAAAACAUGUUUUGAUUAACCUCACAAUUUCUGCUGAUGAUGCUGAAAAUUCUUCUUAUAAGCCUCUCUAUUCAUUAGCAGUAACUGUUCCUACAAUGGGUGACACCAAUGAGAUUCCAACAGUAAAAAUCACUCCGUUGGAUUUGGAACCCACAAAGCCUACGAAUUUUAACAAACCUGUGGUUGUUCAAAGCACAACUAAAUCGAAUAAAGAUGUAGACGUAGAAAACAAUUGGGGAGGUAGUUGCGAAUGCUCAUGUCCAGUGUCACCCGAUAGUGACGAAUACACAACAGAAAAUAUUGAUUCAACGCAAUCAAAUGUAAGUCCGGAAAUAACAACUGAACUAGGCAGUUCCUUUGAGUCUUCAAUUAAUACUGAAAUGACGAUGGCAACGGAUUUAACUGAGAAUACAAUUGAUUUAACAACUGAACCACUGGACGUUAUUUCCACAACUGAAGGUCUAAAGUGUGUUUGUCCGAAAAUUACGCCUCCACCCAUCCUUAUAUUGGAAGGUGCCCGAACUUUUCCAGCCCAGUCCUUCCCACCCGAUGGGACAACUUUCAAACAAAUAACUUUAGGUGAAAAAUUAUCAAAACAAAUCCCUCCAUAUAGUUAUUGGAACAUGCAGUUCUAUCAGUCAGAAGCUUCUUACGUAAAAUUUGAUUACUUGAUACCUCGAGGGGCUUCUAUAGGUGUUUAUGCAAGAAGGAAUGCAUUACCCACCCAUACCCAAUAUCAUUUCCUGGAAGUCCUAAGUGGAUUUAAAGCAAGAACAACUAGAUCGUCACAUCCAUCCGUUAAAAAAGAAGUAACACAUUACAUGGAGCAAGGUCAUUGGUUCCUAUCACUUUAUAAUGAUGACGGCGAUCCGCAAGAGAUUUCAUUCAUAGCUGAAGUCGCUGAAGAUAUGACUCAUAACUGUCCUAACGGAUGUUCAGGAAAAGGGGAAUGUCUUAUGGGUCACUGUCAGUGCCAACCGGGUUUUGGGGGAGAUGACUGUAGUGAAAGUGUCUGUCCGGUACUAUGCAGCCAACGAGGUGAAUACAUCAAUGGCGAAUGUCAGUGUAACCCUGGAUGGAAAGGCAAAGAAUGUUCCUUGAGGCACGAUGAAUGUGAAGUACCUGACUGCAAUGGCCAUGGUCACUGUGUCAACGGAAAAUGCUCAUGUGUGCGAGGAUAUAAAGGGAAAUUUUGUGAGGACGUUGAUUGUCCACAUCCAACUUGUUCCGGCCAUGGCUUUUGUAUUGAAGGUGCUUGCGUUUGCAAAAAAGGAUGGAAGGGUUUGGAUUGUGCGACAAUGGAUAAGGACGCUUUGCAAUGUCUACCCGAUUGCUCAGGUCAUGGAACAUUCGACGUUGAUACACAAACUUGCACCUGUCAUGCACGAUGGUCUGGAGACGAUUGUUCGAAAGAGGUUUGUGAUCUCGAUUGUGGCCCACAUGGACGAUGCGUUGGAGAAUCUUGUGUGUGCGAUCAAGGAUGGACCGGAGAAUACUGCACAUCGAAGCUCUGUGACGCACGUUGCAGCGAUCAUGGCCAAUGCAAGAACGGAACAUGUCUGUGUGUUUCGGGCUGGAAUGGCCGCCAUUGUACUCUCGAAGGAUGUCCAAGGGGAUGUGCCGGUCAUGGUCAGUGUAGAGUUGCCAAUGAUGGCCAUUGGGAAUGCAAGUGUUUCGAUGGCUGGGAUGGGCCAGAUUGCACCACACUUAAGGAACAAAUAUGCGACGACUCUAAGGAUAAUGACAAAGAUGGUCUAGUGGACUGUGAAGAUCCGGAAUGCUGUCAGAGUCCAGCCUGUAAAGGCAGUCAACUUUGUGUAUCGUCCCCCAAACCAACAGACAUCUUACUCAGAAAACAACCGCCCGCUAUCACCGCUUCAUUCUUUGAAAGGAUGAAAUUCCUUAUCGACGAAGGUAGUCUCCAAAACUACGCAAAACAGGAGACCUUUAACGAAAGUAUGUUUUGGAACCACUUCAACACGAGCCGAUCUGCCGUAAUCAGAGGUAGAGUAGUGACUUCGUUGGGAUCAGGCUUGGUUGGAGUCAGAGUUUCCACUUCUACGCCUUUAGAAGGAUUCACACUGACUCGCGAAGAUGGUUGGUUUGACUUGUUGGUGAACGGGGGAGGAGCCGUCACUUUGCACUUUGGAAGAGCGCCUUUCAAGAGGUCGACACAAGUUGUGUUCGUGCCUUGGAACGAGGUUGUGAUUAUUGACGAGGUGGUGAUGACGACAUCGGACGAGAAAAGUGGAACGGGGCCACCACAGGCGUGCCUCGCCCAUGAUUACGAUUUAAUGAAACCUGUAGUACUGGCGACAUGGAAGCAUGGGUUCCAGGGAGCUUGUCCCGAUAAGAGCGCGAUCCUAGCGGAAUCUCAGGUGAUUCAAGAAAGUUUACAGAUCCCAGGCACUGGCUUAAAUCUAGUCUACCACAGCUCAAGAGCCGCUGGUUACUUGUCCACAAUUCAGUUGCAGCUUACACCAGAAGAAGUGCCACCGACCUUAGCUCUUAUACAUUUGAGAAUCACAAUAGAAGGGAUACUUUUCGAGAAGACAUUCGAAGCUGAUCCAGUUAUCAAAUUCACAUACCCUUGGAACAGACUCAACGUGUACAGGCAACGAGUAUAUGGGGUGACCACGGCACUGGUGAAAGUGGGUUACCAGUACACUGACUGUAAGGAUAUAAUAUGGAACGUGCAAACAACCAAGCUUAGCGGCCACGAUAUGAGUAUUUCCGAUGUGGGUGGAUGGAAUUUGGAUAUUCACCAUAGAUACAACUUCCAUGAAGGUAUCCUGCAGAAGGGCGACGGCACGAACACGUACCUGAAGCAGAAGCCGCGGCUGAUCAUCACGACGCUGGGCGACGGGCGGCAGCGCUCGCUGGAGUGCGGCGCGGGCGGGGGCGGGGGCGCGGGUGCGGGCGGGGGCGCGGGGUGCGGCGCGCGGCUGCUGGCGCCCGUGGCGCUGGCGGCGGCGCCGGACGGCGCGCUGUACGUCGGCGACUUCAACCUGGUGCGCAAGCUCGCCACCGACGGCACCGUGCGCACCAUCGUCAAACUCAACGCUACUCGGGUGUCAUAUCGUUACCACAUGGCACUAUCACCAUUAGAUGGCACGCUCUACAUCUCCGACCCCGAAUCCCACCAGAUCAUCAAAGUACGUGAUACCAAUGACUACAGUGACCCGCAACAUAACUGGGAAACCGUGGUUGGCUCCGGUGAAAGAUGCCUUCCUGGCGAUGAGGCUCACUGUGGUGAUGGCGCGUUAGCAAGGGAUGCUAAAUUAGCAUACCCCAAGGGUGUAGCAGUCUCGAUUGACAAUGUCCUGUAUUUUGCUGACGGUACCAAUAUCCGUAUGGUUGACAGAGAUGGCAUUAUAACGACUGUGAUUGGAAAUCAUAUGCACAGAGCUCACUGGAAACCGAUACCUUGCGAAGGGACAUUAAGCGUCGAAGAGGUCCACUUACGCUGGCCAACGGAACUAGCUAUAAACCCACUCGAUAACAGCCUCCAUAUUAUCGAUGAUCACAUGAUUUUACAAAUGGCUCCAGAUGGUCGAGUAAAAGUUAUCGCUGGUAGACCACUUCAUUGUCCUUCGCCGUUGACUGGGUACGACAUGGAACUAGCGACUUACGCUACCCUUGUUAUGCCACAAAGUAUAGCAUUUGGUGCAGCUGGAGAUUUAUACGUAGCAGAAAGUGAUUCUCAAAGAAUUAAUCGAGUCCGUCUUAUCACCACUGAUGGAAAAAUAACUUUGUACGCUGGCGCCGAAUCGAAAUGUAACUGCUUAGAACGCGGCUGUGACUGUUUCGAAGCAGAUCAUUUUCUUGCGUCUAAUUCUAAAUUCAACACGAUCUCAGCAGUUGUUGUAAGUCCGGACGGUAUUGUUCAUAUCGCCGAUCAAGCCAACUAUAGAAUUCGUUCAGUUAUGGCAAGCAUUCCAGAUGCAAGUGGGGCACGAGAAUAUGAAAUCUAUUCACCUGAUACCCAAGAAAUUUAUAUUUUCAAUAGAUUCGGUCAACAUGUCAUGACUAAAAACAUAUUGACGGGUGAGAACAACUACGUAUUUACAUACACCGUCAACACCAGUAACGGAAAACUAAGUACCGUUACAGAUGCAGCCGGAAAUAAAGUAUUCCUUUUACGUGACUAUUCUAGUCUUGUCAACUCGAUAGAGAAUACAAAAGGACAGAAAUGUAGACUCAAAAUGUCUAGAAUGAAAAUGCUACAGGAGUUACGAACGCCGGAUAACUUCAAUGUAACCUUCGACUAUCAUGGUACAACUGGUUUAUUAAAAGCCAAAUACGACAGUACAGGAAGAAGUUACAUUUACAAAUACGAUGAAUUCGGAAGACUAACAUCAGCGGUAACUCCAACUGGCAGAAUCAUAAAUUUGACUUUCGAUCUCAGCCUCAAAGGUGCUACUGUAGUCGUUAGCGAAAACAACAGGAAACCAAUAUCAAUUCUAAUUAAGGGUUCAUCGGUUAAUACAAAAGUUGGUGAGGCAGAAAAGAAAACGAUUAUUACUACAGAUGGAAGUAUUUCGUCAAGCUUACCAUGGGGACAUGUCGUCUCUACUGAUACAGUACCCUAUACUAUUUUGUCAGAGAUAGAUCCAAUUCUAGGUGAGAGCUAUCCAGUACCAGCUAAACAAAGAACUGAAGUCGGCGGUGAUUUAGCGAAUCGGUUCGAAUGGCGUUAUUUCUUAAGAAGACUUCAAUCUAACAAAGGCAAAAGCAAUAAAGCAGUGGCACAGAUUGGUCGAAAGUUACGUGUGAAUGGUGAAAACCUACUCACUUUGGAAUAUGAUAGAGAUAGUUCAACGGUAGCUGUAUUUAUGGAUGACAAAGUGGAACUUCUUAACGUAACCUACGAUAGAACAGCGAGGCCAGUCAAGUGGAGUCCUAGAAGCGGCAUCUUCGCCGAAGUAGAACUUGAUUACGACAGAUUCAAUAGGCUUACCAGCUGGCGUUGGGGCGACCUCAAUGAAACUUAUGGAUACGACAGAGCCGGUAGACUGCACGAAAUACGCUACGGCGAUGGUUCAUCACUAGCUUAUUCGUUUAGAGACAUGUUCACAAGUCUACCACUGAAAGUGACCACACCAAGGGGAAGUGACUAUCUUUUGGAUUACGAUGAUUCUGGUGCCCUACAGAAUUUAACAACACCAAGAGGUCACAUCCAUACUUUUGCAUUAAUGACCUCGUUAGGAUAUUUCAAAUAUCAGUACUUCUCACCGAUGAAUCGACACCCAUACGAAAUCCUCUAUAACGAUGACGGUCAUAUCUUGGCUAAGAUUUUCCCACACCAAUCAGGGAAGAUCCUUUACGUAUACGAUAACACUGGUAAACUUGAGACGAUACUAGCUGGGGCUUCUGCGAUUCGGUAUGUGUACCACGAAAACACUCAUCUUGUGAAGAAUGUAGAGAUCACUGACCCCGAUUACGAACUCAAACAAGAUUACAAAUAUCACGCGGGUAUACUCAAAGAUGAAAAAAUUAAAUUUAACUCUAAAAGCGGCCUAAACAACGCACAUUUCAAGUACCAGUACGACGGGAAUGCGCGGCUUUCUAUGAUCGACGCCAAUAUCAACAGUAAAGAAAUGCCACAGCUGAAACUAAAAUACAACCAGAACCUAGGCAUGUUGGAAGCCAUCAGUGAUCUUAGAAUAUACAGAAACACUUUCAAUCGCUCCGUUAUGCAGGACACAAGCAAGCAGUACUUCACAAUCACAGACUAUGACGACCACGGUAGAAUCAAAACCGUCCUGAUGAACAUCAAAUCCUUCGACGUCUUCCGUUUAGAACUGGAAUAUGACGUAAGGAACCGCAUUAAAAUGAAGAAGAUGAUGAUUGGCGAUACAUCAUCAAGCGAACGAAUCAGUUACAACUACGACGGGCACCUCAUGGAGGUGGUCGGCUCCGAAGACGACUGGAAAUACGUGUAUGAUGAAAAUGGCAACGUGAUCGGUGUGAUUGAACACGGAGAGAAACGAUACCUUGGCUACGACAUUGGCGACAGAGUAGUUCAGUACGGAGACUUGGAAUUCAGCAGCUACGACGGACGAGGUUUUGUUAUAAGGCGCGGUGAACAAAAGUACAGAUACAACUCGCGAGGCCAAUUCGUCCAUGCAUUCGAAAGAGACAAGUUCCAAAUGUGGUAUUACUAUGAUGACAGGAACAGGUUGGUAGCUUGGAAGAAUGAUAAAAAUAACGUUACGCAAUUCUUCUACGCCAAUCCGCAAACGCCUAACUUGAUUACGCACAUGCACCACCCUAAAUCUGAAAAGACUGUCAGGUACCUCUACGAUCAACGAGACUUCCUUACUUGCAUUGAAACUGAAGACCAAAGAUUCUACGUCGCUACUGAUCACAACGGCUCACCACUCGUUGUAUUCGACGUGAAUGGAGAAAUAGUGAAGGAGAUCAAACGUAGUCCAUUCGGUAAAAUAGUCAAAGACACUAAUCCAGGGUUCUACGUGCCCGUCGACUUCCAUGGUGGUAUACUCGACUAUAAUACCAAUUUAGUGUACUUGGAGAGUCGGCUAUACGAUCCAGUUGUAGGACAAUGGAUGACGCCAAGUUGGGAACACCUCGCAACAAAGCUGAGUUUACCGACAGAUAUCUUUAUUUAUCGUUUUAAGAACAACGACCCGAUAAAUAAAAACCAGAACGUUCCCUUUAUGACUAACUUGGCUAGUUGGUUACAGCUCUUUGGAUACGAUCUGAAUAAGAUGAUGGGAUCCAAAUACAUCACCGAUAUGGUCUUCCAACCUAUGACAUCUGUAACUGCUCCUCAAUUAGCGCCUGACUUCGGUGUGAUGUCUGGACUGCAAUGCAUUAUCGAAAAGGUGAAUGAUAAACUAUCAGAUAUAGACUUCGUACCUACACCGCUGCUCAAAAUGGAGCCUAUUACCAGAAACCUACUUCCGAGGGUCUCGUACAAACGAGGCGUUUUCGGUGAAGGAGUACUGAUAUCUAGGGUCGACGGGAAAGCCUUCAUAAGCGUCGCCGACGGAGCAAACAGUGUCGUCGAAGACGUCAUAACAACUGUCUUCAACAACUCUUACUUCCUCGACGUACACUUCAGCAUCCAUGAUCAGGACGUCUUCUACUUCGUAAAGGAUAACGCUUUGAAGAUCAGGGACGAUAUGGAGGAGCUGCGAAGGCUUUCUGGAAAGUUUAACGUUUCUCAAGAUGAGACUAACGACCAAGGAUCAGAGUGUACACUGCAGGUGCGGGUGCACCAGGUGGGCGCGGGUGGGGGGGCGGCGCAGGCGGCGCUGGUGCUGCGCUACGGCGUGGCGCCGGGCGCCGAGCGCGCGCGCCUGCUCAAGCACGCGCACAAGCGCGCCGCCGCGCGCGCCUGGGAGCGCGAGAAGGCGCUGGUGGCGGCGGGCUGGGAGGGCCGCGCCGCCUGGACCGAGGAGGAGAAGGAGGAGCUCAUCUCGCACGGCGUGGUGGACGGCUGGGCGGCGCGCGACGUGCACUCGCUGGCGCGCUUCCCGCAGCUGGCCGACGACCCCGCCAACAUCGUGUUCGUGCGCGACGCGCGCCGCAAGCGCAGGAAGAGCGGCCGCGCCCGACACCGCUCGUGA